AUGGUCGUUCUCGCAGCGUCGAUAUGUACCCGUGGAGGGAAGGCCGUCCUCUCCCGUCAAUUUCGCGAUAUUUCCCGCUCCAGAAUUGAGGCGCUCCUGGCAUCUUUCCCCAAGCUUGCGGACUCUGGCACCCAGCACACUACUGUUGAGCAGGACAAUGUGCGCUUUGUGUACCAGCCAUUGGAUGAGCUGUACAUUGUCCUGAUCACCAACCGCCAGUCGAACAUUCUUCAGGACAUUGAUAGUCUGCAUCUGUUUGCUCAGGUGACAGCCAGCAUCUGCAAGAGCUUGGACGAGAGGGAGAUCCUCCGCAAUGCUUUUGAGCUGUUGAGCGCAUUCGAUGAGUUGGUCACACUGGGAUACCGGGAGAAUCUGUCCUUGUCACAAAUUAAGACAUUCCUGGAGAUGGAGAGUCAUGAAGAGAGGAUUCAAGAGAUUAUUGAACGGAACAAAGAGCUUGAGGCGAGUGAAGAGCGUAAACGCAAGGCCAAGCAACUUGAGAUGCAGCGCAAGGAAGCUGCUCGCUCAGGUAAUCGAGGCAUUCCCCCUCGCGCACCGUCCUAUCCCGCCUACACACCUCCUGCGCGUCCAUCAGCGCCGGACUCUUAUGACUCUUAUGAGGCAGAGAAGAAAAAGACGUUUGCCAAGCCUCUCCCCACUCGCGGCAAGGGUAUGCAGCUCGGAAAGAAGUCCAAGGCCACUGAUAUCUACGAAAAGGUCCGUGGAGAGCUAGGCCCUCAAGAGGAAGACACCCCUCUUGUUACCCCACAGGUUUCCACGCCUGUCCAAGAACCUGUCUCAGCCCGCCAGUCUCUAAAUGCGGAUCGUGAGCCCAUCCAUGUCACUAUUGCUGAGACCAUUUCUGCGACUCUUACCCGCGAAGGCGCCUUGAAGUCAUUUGAAGUCAAGGGAGACCUUCAGCUCCGUAUUACCGAUCCAGCUUUCACCAAAUUACGCCUCGAUCUGCAAGCCAUUCCAACGCAUGGUGCCCAGUUCCGAACCCACCCCAAUGUCGAUAAGGCUCUCUUCACCAACACCUCCGCGAUCCAGCUCAAGGACACAACCAAGCGAUUCCCCGCGAACAAUGCCAUUGGGGUUUUGCGGUGGCGUGUGGCUAGCUCGGCUGACAAUGCCGAUAUUUUACCCAUUACCUUCACGGUCUGGGUGAACAAGGGAUCGGACUCAACCACUGUGACCGUCGAGUACGAGCUCACGGGCUCUGACAGUCUGCGUGAUGUUGUUGUCACUAUUCCAUAUGGCGCAACUGAGCCUGCUGUUUCCAGCUUCGAUGCCGUUUAUGAGGUCUCUGGAGACAGCAUUGACUGGAACAUCGGCGCUGUUGAUGAGUCAAACGCUUCCGGUAGCUUCGAGUUUGAAUCUACCGAUGGCGACGAGAACGAGUUCUUCCCUAUGAGCGUUCGUUUCACCAAGACCCAGCCAUUCGUCGAGGUCGAUGUUACUCGAGCUUCCCUUCUAGAAAUGGAGGGCGAAGAAACCGGAUUCUCCAAGGAUAUCCGUAGUGUUGCAGAGAACUUCCUCAUCGAGUGA